AAACCUAAUGAGUCGCCAACAGUAGCCCAAAAUUAGGUUGGUUUCUCCUACACUUCCAUGUUCGACGCGAGCGGCGAACCGACUUCCCUCUCAUUCGUCUUCCACAAACCCCAUAACCCUAGCACCGCUGCCACCAUGUCCUCGUCUCCAUCUUCAGUGAACCGCCGUCCCCCGGGCCCGCUAGCGUUAGGGCUGGAGUCCUUGGCGAAGAAGAAGACACAUAGGAAGAAGCUCACCGCCAAACCUCCUCCAGAUCCAGUCGUUGCCCUCCAAUGGUCGGAUACAGAACGUCUCGUCUCUUCCUUUGAAUCCAGCAGUCGGUGCUCCUCCUCUGGAUCCGGCGGUCAACUCCAUCAUCCGCAGCUUCUAUGGCACCUCCCCUAGUCCCCCUCCAUCGCCGCCCUCACCCACCGCUUCUAUAUCGCCACCUCUCUCAUUAUAGAAGAAGACACUGAGAAUCUGGUGAGCUUCCACCUUUUUAGCUUAUUCCGUUUAGAUCUGUUGUCUAUAUUUGAUUCUCGUUAUGGAAGAAGCUGCUAGUGCUUGCUUGCAUCAUCGCUGAGGAUCUGCUGGUAGGAUAGAUUAGCUUGAUAGCUUGAUCGGUGCAUCCAUGCGUGCAAUCUAAACUUGCAAUCUAGAACUCCACCUAGAAAUCUUUCUCUUUUGAUUAGGUCUUUUCUGAUAAAUUGGUCGGUGCAUCCGUGGAUGCAGUUUAAACAUAGCUUAGUUUUUUUUAAACAGUGCACUUCAGGCUUAGUUUUUUUAAACAUUGCACUUUAGGCUUGCUUUAUAUUCUUGUUCCUAUUAAGAACUGAGCAACUAGCUAAGCUGAGAUCAAGUUACAGUUUACUAAAUACUGGUAUGUUAAAAAGGAACCCUCAUGUAGCUGUGAGAGUAAAUUUCUUCUUCUUGUGCCAGAGUAUAUUAGCAUUUCUUGGUUUUCAAUUAUAUGUCAGUUUGCAUUUCUCACAAACACAUGCAUUCAUUCUCUGGUGCUAUCAAACUGAUGCAUAUUUUGAUGAGCAGCACUAGGACUAUGGUCAUACGAUUAGUGCUAGAUGCUGAGUUACUGACAACAAUAAUCUCAUCUGUUGUUUGAUGUGGUGGUUGUGUCAAUCAAAAAAACAUUUUUCCAUCACCAACAGAGGAACUGCGAUUUAGCAAGCGCUGCGCAAUGUUGAUGACCUCCAUUUUCAGAUUACUUGUUGUUUCUAGACCCGAAGAGUGUAGGUUCUAGUAAUUAUUUGUGCCUAGCUCUAUAUUUUUUCUUUAAAGAAAAAGGAAGAAAAGCAUUAGAAUCUUUCACGCUGAAUUUAGAAGAAGCUCUAUCAUCAAACAAUUUUUUAUUGAGAAAUAUUUUUUCCACACUUUUUCUAGCAGUUCUCUAAAAUAAACCAUGGAACUGAGAGUUAAAAAAGCAGCUUCUUCUCAUUUAGUUGAUGCAUGGAAUCCUAUAUGUGUCACUGAGUUUACUUUAGAGAAUUACAGAGAAUCAAUUCUGAUGAUCAAUGAAUCACCAUACACAAAGAACACAAUCAGGAAGAGCUCAACCAAUCUGUCUCUUGCUAGCUGCUAGGGCUACUGUUUCCAUUUUGCAGACUUUGUGAUUCGUAAAAUUCUUUGGUUGGUGCAAAAUAGAAUUUUUCUAAAAAUAAUUAAAUAUUUAUAUUGUCAAAUAAAAGCACCAGCAAUGGUACCUCCAUGUUCAUGUUUAUAAUUAUCUGUGAUUCUUACAUAUUUCAAUUACUAUGCUUAUUUGUUAAGGUUAAAAUGUAUUAUCAUGUGACCUGCCUUUUGUCCACCUGCACUGCUUGUUCGUAGAUGUGCAUGCUUGUCCCUCUUGCACUGCUUGUCUGUUACCUGCAGCAAUCUUUGCCAAACGGACACAGGGAACCUAUGCCCCACAGGACUGCACCACACGUGGGACAGGUAAUGCAGGUAUUGCCCCCGCUGUGGCUGGCCGGUGUGCAAUUCACCAGGCUGCCAAACGAGCCCUAAAGGCCCCAGCAUGGGCGACCCUCUCCAGGCCGCCGUCGCAGCCGCCCACGCGCUCUCCCUGCUAUGGAGAAAACCGCUCAUGGAGGUAAACCACUGUGUUGCGCGCACAUCAAGAUGUCAAGCAGUGGCUUCUGUUAAAUAUCCUAUUUAUGAUCAAACAGUGUACCUUAACGAUUAUCAUAAGAAGAUGUUGAAGGAUCAAUAUGAGGGACUGAAGACAAUCGAGCAGAUUACAAUGGACUCAGCUUCGGUCGAGACCAAUAUGUUCAAGCUCUGCAAGGUGAUGUCUGUUCAGUUUGGCCAAAAAGGCAUCCCCUACCUGAACACCUACGACGGCCGCACCAUCCGCUACCCCGACCCGCUCAUCAAGGCUAACGACACCAUCAAGAUCGAUCUGGAGACCAACAAGAUCAUGGACUUCAUCAAUUUUGAUGUCGGCAAUGUGGUCAUGGUGACUGGCGGGAGGAACACCGGGCGUGUAGGAGCCAUCAAGAACAGGGAGAAGCACAAGGGCAGCUUUGAGACCAUCCACGUGCUGCUUGGAGCUUUUUGCUAUGUCUAGUUUUCUCCUAUUUGUUGUACAGGAAAACAUAGAAUGGAAUUCAAAUUUGGUGGUCGCAAAAGUCUGAAGACUUUAAUUCAUAUAAAGUUAGGCUUAACAUUAGUGCAAACAGUUGUAUUUUAGUUUAGAUUUAGAGUACACUUAUGUAUGCGUUGUUUGACAAUGCUUAUUUAUGAUAUAUUGAAUGGUACUUAUUUAUAUUAUAUUAAUUAUAAUGUUGUUCAGUAUA